GAGCUUUUAGUUUGAAAUUCUCUAACCGGAAGUUUUCGAUUGUUGCCAGCUUCACGGCGCGGUUCGCUGAUGUUAUCAGCUGCUUUGUCACAAAUGUAGUAUUCGGGUUGCUUCAAAGAGAAAACAAUGCCAGUAAAAAGAGCGCUUCGUUUAGAAGAGAAGGAAAACCAGACACCAUCAAAGAGACCUGUGCCGGAGGGGACCUAUUCUCCAUUGACUGGUACAGGCUUUUUGAGCCCUGCCCCAUCUCCUAAAGGUCAUUUUAAAGCCCGAGGAAAGACUGAUAAUCCCUCUAAAACACAAAAACCCCAGACAGAUGCAGAAAAAUUACAAGCCUUAAGAUCUCAGAUUGAAAGAUCAGUGAAAGCUUUUGAAAAGGCAAGACAGCAACUGGAAAAAAUAGUGCCUACAGAGGGCAGUAGUGAGCUGAAGAUAUUCUUCUCCAGAGGCUCUGCUGACCUGCAGUCUGAACUGCGCAGAAACAGGGAGCUGGUCGCCCAAGUGGAAGCCCAUCUUAAGGGGAAUGGUGCCUGCUCACACCCAUUUUAAGGUUUUGCCAAGCCCGGCAGCUCCUAUGAAUUCCUAAAAUCAAACCAAGGGCUGACGGCUAAACGGAACGGCUCUGCUCCCCCGCGGCGCGGACGCAGACGUACGACGGGUUCGGAGCGCAGAUCUUUCGAGGCGUCCAAGAGACUGUCAGUCAUCUCGCUCGGCGUCAGAAUGAGAACCGGGCGCUUCAGACACAUUUACAUUGGGCUUAUUUGCGAGAGAGGUCUUUGCCGCCCGUCUGACAAGUGUUGAUUUUUCGAAUAAACCCCGAACACAUCGCUGCGAAAAUAAUGUUCUUUUAGCAGUCGCCCCGGUCCCAGUGUGACUGACGCGCAAUGAAAGCUCCCCAAAAGGGGCUGGCGGCGCGGGCGGGGCCCACGCUCUUUAUUUGGCAGCGCUCGCGAGGGCCGCGGUCGCCGACCUACGCAACAGCUGGUGCCGGGCAGAAAACAUUUCCUAUUUCUGCCCAAGGUGGAUCAUAUAACUCUCACUUUAUCACCCUUGGAGGCCAUCUGAAGGACAAAGCACACACACCCAUAAACAAAACUAAUGUUUUUAUAUGGCCCCUCCGGAGGUGGGAAAAGAGUCCUCAGCAAUCCUGCCCCCCCCCCCCCCCCCAAUCCCCUCGCCGUGUGACACGGGAGCGCCGAGCGCCCGACCAAGGUCCUUCCGGAAGGGUCACGCCACGGGCCGUGACAAACGCUCGCCGGCCGUUUCCCACUGAUUGACGGGAACCGGCGGCCGCCCCUCCCGCCCAGACCAGCUCCGUCCCUCCCGCGAUCCCGCCGAAGCCCCCCCACCCCCCCCCGGCCCGGCGGAGCUCACUCUGGGGAACGGCUCUAGGCCGGCCCAGCCGGAGCCUCGUCGCCCCCUCUGUGACCUGAUAACAUUUAUAGUUGUAAUGGAUUUUUUUAAUGCCUGUCAUUAACUCGCCCAAAGAGAGGGGGAAAAGAGAUUGCUUGUACCUUUUUUUCCGUGGUAUUUCAGCUUUAUGACAUUAUGUUCGGAUAUGUCAUCUUACAUCAUUUUUGUUUUAGAGCCCAUCAAUGCCUUUGUUUUAAUGGACAGCGGCCUUUGUGUAGACUUGUAUUCAGCGGCUGUAGUGAAUUCUAUAUGAUAAUAAACGGCUUGAAGACAUUGUUUAA